AUGCGUCGAGUAGAAUCAUAUUUACAUUCAUCAACAUUAGCACCAUUAAUUGAAAAACUUGAACAAAUAUUCAUUCUUGAUCAACUUGAAGCAAUCUAUACUGAAGCAAAAACACUUUUAUGCGAUGAAAACUAUUCAGAAAAUUUUCGUCCAAAAGCUAUUAAAUUUAUUGAACGAAUCAGUGCCACUGCAAUUGAUGCUCCGACAGAGUAUGUUAAAUUAGUUCUUAAAAUUCAUAAUGAAUUCUUUAAAGUUGCACAAAAUUUUUUUAAUAAUGACGAACAUUUUAUUGCUGUUGUUGAUAAGAUUUGUAGAAAUUUUAUUAAUAAUAAUGUAUUAACAGAAGCUGCCGAUAAUGCAAGAAAACCAGCUGAAUUAUUAGCCCGAUAUUGUGAUAUACUUUUACGAAAGGGAAGUGAAAUUGAACAAGAAGUCGAUCAGAUUAUGAUAGUUUUUGAUUAUGUCAAAGAUAAAGAUGUUUUCGAAAAAUUUUAUCAUAGAAUGUUAUUCAAACGUUUAUUAUGUAACGUAUCAAUAUAUCAAAUGGGUAUUUUACUUCUAUUUAAUAAACUUUCAAGUUGGACAGUUGAACAAAUGCAAGAUGAAACACAAAUCAAAAUUGAUUUAUUCUUGCAAGUUCUUUAUAGUUUAUUGAAAAGUAAAUUGAUUAAAUGUUAUGAAAUCAAUGAUGAUCAACUUGAUAAAGGUUUUAAUGCAAGUUAUAUUAAAAUGAAUUAUACUAUUCAUAUAAAUGAAAAUUUUCGUAGUAAAAAAACACGACUAAAUUUGAAUGUACCAUGCAAAUCAGUCGAACAACAAGACACUGAAAAUUUAUAUCGAACAAUUGAUGAUGAUCGACGAACCAUUAUUCAAGCUGCAAUUGUUCGAAUAAUGAAAGCUCGACUAACUUUAAAAUAUGCAUUACUAGUACAAGAAGUUAUUCAACAAUUAAGUUCACGUUUCGAACUCAGAAUACCGAUGAUCAAAAAAUGUAUUGACAUAUUAAUUGAAAAAGAAUAUAUUGAACGGCACCCAAAUGAAUAUGGUAUGCUACGUUACUUGGCUUAA